AUGAAGUUCUUCGUGGCAUCUUUGAUGACUCUGCUCCUUUCCCAUGCCCUGCUUGUCUGGGCUCAAGAUACGACCACGGACGACAUGUCCUUCACGAUAGACCCCAUUACUACAUCUGUCAGCGACGACUUUCCGCUCCCUUCAUCGGCGGACACGACAACAUCGGACACAUUUACGGAUGACACCACCACCACCUCCACGAACACUUCAAGCACCAUUACAAGCACCACUGCCACAUCCCCAAAUUUUACAACCACGCCGUCUCCAACCACAACGACCUCGAGGCGCCCAGACGCUCCGGCUACGACCGUCGGCGUUUCGACCAACGCCGUGCUUCCUACUUUCAUACCAAGAGCGAAUGGGAUUGUUGCAGGAAUGCUUGGUGGAGUUCUGGCUGCUGCGGUUCUCUGA